UAUCAAUCUACUGAUAAAACAUUAUGUGAUGAUCUUAAUAGGGAAUUCAAACCAAUUGAGACCCACCCUCAGUAUGGUAUUAUGGAACAAUAGGGAAGGAAUCAGGAACAACCAUGAACAUAUCAGGCUUACAGGUGAAACAAGAGGUAUCUUCUUUUGGUUCAAGUUUGCUCCUUACAAUAAAGGCACUAAUAAUAGUUUUUACAAUAAAGGCACUAAUAAUAGUUUUUGUCCAGCAAACAAUAAAGGUGUACUAGGAGAAGAAAUGGAUUCGUUCCGUAAGAGGCUUUUGGUUCCAUAUGCUGUUGAUGGUCGUUACAACGAAGCACGGUUCAGAAAUGUUUCCACUUAUGUGGGAACUAAUAACAACACUGGUCUAUCACAUCCUUCACAGAAAGAAGGAACUGAUUGGGUCCACGAGAAGCAAAUUAUUCCAUAUGCGCGUAAAGGAGGAAAGAAAAACAGCAAGCAUGAGCACAAUCAAAAUUCUGUUCAUGGGAUGCAAGGAGCAAUAGUUCUCCAUCACUCAACUAAGAAAAAAGAGUUGGAUAGAGUCUACCUUGACCCAAGAGAUAUUACUGUGUGGAAGGUACUAUAUGAAAAUGACAGUAAUUAUGAUAAAGAAAAAAUCGACGAUAGCUGGUGGGACAAUGAGCGGGAAGUUUUCCGCGGACGGAUAAAUGCUUUUAAUGCUAUAAUGCAUGUAAUAUUAGGUGAUAGACGUUUUUCGCCAUGGAAAGGUUCGGUCGUGGAUUCUGUGGUUGGUGUUUUUCUAACUCAAAAUGUCUCUGACCAUCUUUCAAGUCUUAAUACUUUUAUUGUUCUUCACAGCUCUGCUUAUAUGACACUUGCUGCAACAUUCCCUCUCCCGGAAACAGAAAAUUAUCACGGCGAGGAGAUUUUCUGCAUCCAACAAUCGAGUCAGAUAAAUGAAGGAUUUUUUCUGUGCAACAAUGGUAGUAUGAUGGAAAAUAACAAGGCAGCAGUGGAUUCUGAAGAAGCUAAAGAAUUAAUGUCUGUGAAUGAUGUAAUUUCAUCUCAAGAUUGUCUGGGGUCAUCAGUUAAAGGAAGUCGUGAUUUAACACUUAACGUGUCCACAUGUUUGGAAGAUGAUUGUGAGACCUGUUUGUCUAAGAAUGUGGCCGGCAUAGAUAACUCAGUGCUCCAUUCUAAUAAAUCAACCCUUGAGCAAGAACCUUAUAGCAGUAGUCAAAAUGGCACAGCGUCGUGCGGAAGCAAUCAAGAAAAUAAAACUUCAGAAUCCAAAGAGGUGGAUUGGAGAGACCAAAAACCAAAUUCCAAAAACUUAAAUUUCGGCAACACAAUGCAUAUGCUGAGAGCAUUAGGGAAGUGCUAUUUUUGCUCAGAAUGCAUUAGCAAAUCAAAGAGUGAACUUGAAAAUAGUGCUGAGGAUUCUAACCAUUGUGAAGAAAUGGCAGAUGAUUUAAAGUUUCAAAAUCAAGAAAUUCAACCCACUGGUCAUGUCAAUGCUAAGUGUUGCUUGUGUUCUGAGUGCAAUGAACAAAUAAAGGAUGGAAUAAAAAAAACCACACAUCAAGGAGAAAUGGAAGCUGAUUCUCAGCUUUCAAGUGACAUUGACAAUUCAUCUCAGAAAUUAGAUUUUGAUGUUGAAAAGGUCCAAAGUCAAGAAAGUGUGAUUCAAGCAAGUGAUAGUACCAAUGAAGCCGAAGAGAGUGAAAAGCAAGAGGCCAAAGGAUAUUCGGAAGACAGAAAUCCUAAUCAUCUUAAUGAUGAAAAAGAGACUGGCAUUUCUAGGGGGAAAGCCAAAAAGAGUAAAAUGAAGCAAGAAGUAGACUGGAAUCAUUUACGAGAAAAAUGGGAUAGUAUGAGGAGAAUGCAUCAUGUCCGUGAGCCAAGACGUUGCGAUCACCUGGAUUCGGUGGACUGGGAAGCAGUUCGGUCUGCAGAACCUAACAAGAUUGCAGAUGCCAUCAAGGAACGUGGCCAGCAUAACAUCAUAGCUGGAAGAAUCAAGGUCGACUUUCUCGAUCGAACAGCAAGAAUACAUGGUCGCAUUGACCUUGAAUGGCUUAGACAUGCUCCUUCAAAGGAUGUUAAGGAAUAUCUACUGGAGAUAGAUGGGCUAGGAUUGAAAAGUGUAGAAUGCAUAAGGCUUUUAGCACUUCAACAAGUUGCCUUUCCAGUGGACAUAAACGUUGGUCGAAUCGCAGUUCGACUGGGAUGGGUUCCUCUUGAACCGCUGCCUGAGGAGGUUCAAAUGCAUCUUCUCGAGACGUUCCCUAUGAUGGAUUCUGUUCAGAAAUAUCUAUGGCCAAGGCUCAGUAUGCUUGACCAACCAACUCUGUAUGAACUUCAUUAUCAACUGAUAACAUUUGGAAAGGUCUUUUGCACGAAGAGGAAACCGAACUGCAAUGCUUGUCCACUGAGGGCAGAUUGUCGGCAUUAUGCUAGCGCAUAUGCAAGGUACGGAUUUUCACAUUAUAAACUAAAGCACAUUUUAUAUUGAGUUGUGCGUAAAACAUAUUUGGAAGUUUUGACGAUUCAUGCUUGUUCCCAACUAGAGCAAUGAGAGACUAACUGAUCUGAGCUUACAUUUUCCUAUUCCACAUGAAAAUGUUGAUUUUGUGGUGGAAAACUUUAAAACAACUAGAAAAUAAAUUUAUGGAAGCCAAGUGUUGUGAGUUUGUGUGAAGAUUAUAGAGACUUAUAGGUUCUAUUAUUGUAUUCUCUGGCCGGGGUCCUAUAAAUCAAAACAGUGCAAGGCUUGCAUUACCUGGACUGCAAGAGAAAGGAAUAGUAAGCACAGUGGCUCCAGACAAAAGUUUUGAAGGCACUGCUCAAGUAAUGAAUCCAGCCACUGUACUCCAAAACGAUGCCAAUCCAUUUUCAGGAGCAAGAUACCAUACCAGCAAUUGUGAACCCAUCAUUGAAGCGCCUCCAUCACCCGAGCCUGCAUACGAUGAAUCACAAUUGACAGAUAUUGAAGAUUUAUAUGAGUAUGAUUCUGAUGAUGUUCCUAUAAUCAGACUUAGCUCUGGACAAUUUACAACAACUUCACUGAACUGCAUGGACGAUAACAUCACUAGAGCUUUGGUUCCUUUGCACGCCAAAGCUGCUUCCAUCCCGAUGCGCAAACUGAAGCAUAUAGAGCGCUUGAGGACAGAGCAUCAAGCGUAAGUACACCUUUAAACUUUGAGUUUUAGU